AUGGCGACACACUCCUUAAUCGAGCCCAAUUCAUGGGUCACAUUGCGGUUGCCCAAUGGAACCAACCGUCUGCUGCAGAUCACUCCCAAUAUGAUGAUCUCGCUUGGCAGAUAUGGCUCUUUCCACAGCAAUCUACUCAUACACCGUCCUUACCACCUCACAUAUGAGCUCAACGAUAAGAAUGCCACAAGCGACACCUUCACACGGCUGCGCGUCGUUCCCGCCUCCGAGCUUCACGCCGAUGUCCUUGCAGAAGAAGAGGCAGCAGGUUCAUCGCCGUCUCGCCAGGACAGCGCUGUCCCAGAGGAGGCCAUAAUAUCUGCCGUCGAUGGCAUCGAGUACAGCCUGGUUGACAACGAGACUGGCGCCGUGGUGGUGCGGUCCAACCGUGAGAUCAUCGACGACAACGCGCGGCAGACUUUGACGUGGCAGGAGAUUGAGGCCCUGAAACGCGAUGGUACCGAUUCCGGCAAGGAAUUGAUUGCGAAGCUCAUGCUGUCGCAUACGGGCAUGGACCAGAAGACAACAUUCAGUAUGGCCAAGUACAAGCUGCUGAAGGAGAAGAAGUUCUUGCGCAGAUUCACGGUACUGCCGCUGGAUGUGAGCAAUUUUGGGAGCUAUGCUCUGCAUGAAAGGGACUCAAAUAAGAUUAUGGAGAUGAGGGAGGAGAUGGUCGGCCUCUUGGGCUGCUGGGCCAAUGUCCACUUUAGUGGAGUGGACCAGGUUGAGCUUGGUGAUGCGCCACAGACGCCAGCGAAGACGGAGCAGGAAGAGAUGGAGGAGAUCAAGAAGCCGAAACAACCAGAGGGAACAAGAUACCUCGUAGUGGAUGACACGGGUGGCUUCCUGGUCGCUGCGCUGGCCGAGAGGAUGGGGGUCCUGUACCCAAAAACGACCGAAGAGAAGGAGGCGAACGGAUUACUACAGACGAGCGACGGUGCUCCGACCCCCGCUGCCGCACCCGUGAAGUCCGAAAUUGAAGACAGUGCGAUGUCGAACACACAGGAGGCACCUCCACCGGAGAUGGCACCCUCUGUCAAACGAGACCAUGAUGGGAACCCAAAGGACGAUCGACCCAAAUCUUCCGAUGGCGCAGAGAAGCCCAAGAAGCGCCCAAUACAGCGAAAACCCGACUUUCAUAUCCCCUUCGCCACCACAAACACCAUGACCCUGGUUCACACCAAUGGGCAGCCAAAUCUUACAGCCCUCAAUUACUGGGGCUACGAUAGCACAAACCCAAGUCACCCUCCCCAUCCUCUCCUUAACCACCUACUGUCACUCAGCUGGCUCCAACUCAUCGAGCCCGAGGCCGACAGCGUCUACGCAACCGAGCCUGGCAUCAAGACUGCCGAGGAGGUAGCGUCGUGGAAACCCAACCGGCGAGGGAACUACCACCGCAAGCGAAGAAGAUGGGCGCGCACGCGGUACAUCGCCGACUCGGCGCGUGCAGGCGGCUUCAGCGGACUCGUGGUGGCCAGCGUCAUGGACCCGAUCUCGGUGCUCCGGCCACUGCUGCCGCUCGUGGCCAGCGGGGCGCCGGUCGCCAUCUACAGCCCGCACGUGGAGCCGCUGGCGCAGCUGGCCGACUGCUUCAGCGUGGCGCGGCGGGCGGCCUUCAUGGCGCAGGACGUCGCGGGGAAUAGGACGGCCGACGAGCUGGAGCGGUGGGCGGGCACGGACGAUUUCCCGCUCAAUCCGGCGCUGCUGCUUGGCGUGCAGGUGCACACGAGCCGCGGCAGGAGGUGGCAGGUCCUGCCCGGGCGGACGCACCCCGUCAUGACGGCCAAGGGCGGCGCCGAGGGCUACGUGCUCACGGCCUGGAAGGCCAAGCCCGCAGAGGGCAAGAUCGCGGCACGGGGCAAGUUCCAGAAGAAGGGGAGGUCCGCGGGCAUCGGCACGGCCGAGGGCACGCCUGCUGCUGAGACGGCGGCGGCGACGCCUGCGAGUGCGGAUGCCUAG